GCCGGCAGCUUUAGUGUGAGCACCCGGUUGUGUCCUUAGUGUUUGGUCAUCUUCUGUACUAUGUCUGCAGUCUCUGGUCAUCUCCCGUACUGUGUCCACAGUCUCUGGUCAUCUCCCGUACUGUGUCCACAGUCUCUGGUCAUCUCCUGUACUAUGUCCACAGUCUCUGGUCAUCUCCUGUACUGUGUCCGCAGUCUCUGGUCAUCUCCCGUACUGUGUCCGCAGUCUCUGGUCAUCUCCUGUACUGUGUCCGCAGUCUCUGGUCAUCUCCUGUACUGUGUCCGCAGUCUCUGGUCAUCUCCUGUACUGUGUCCGCAGUCUCUGGUCAUCUCCUGUACUAUGUCCGCAGUCUCUGGUCAUCUCCCAUACUGUGUCCGCAGUCUCUGGUCAUCUCCUGUACUGUGUCCGCAGUCUCUGGUCAUCUCCCGUACUGUGUCCGCAGUCUCUGGUCAUCUCCCGUACUGUGUCUGCAGUCUCUGGUCAUCUCCUGUACUAUGUCCGCAGUCUCUGGUCAUCUCCCGUACUGUGUCCGCAGUCUCUGGUCAUCUCCCGUACUGUGUCCGCAGUCUCUGGUCAUCUCCCGUACUGUGUCUGCAGUCUCUGGUCAUCUCC